CACAGCUCAGCAUCACACACACCUUGGAGGACCUUUCUUUCCUUCUUUCUUCCAGUGACUUAUUAUGGAGCUUUAAAGUGUUUAACUUCUCUUCUAAUGUUUUUGGAAAUAACAUCAGCAAGCAACUAGAUGAGCCUGCAGUUACAUUAUGGUUCUGGGCCAAGCUGUCAACAUGAGUUUGAUGGACAUUUCUAAGAUAUUCUCCCUGCUGCAGCCUAAGGAGGAGGAUGAGGACAACGAGCAGUGUCAGGCCCUGAACAACGCGGUGAGCAGCAACGAUGUGACUCUGCUCUCUGAGCUUCUGUCUCAGGAGAGUUACAGGAAGUCUAUCAAUGCUCGAAGUGGGUGGGGGGUCCCAGUAACCCCCUUGCGCACUGCCGCUGCUCUGGGACACCUGAGGUGCUUGGAGUUGUUGUUGGAACAUGGUGCAGAGAUUGACAGCCUGGACGUGAAGGCCCAGACCCCCCUGUUCACAGCUGUCAGUGGGAAACAUCUGGACUGUGUGGUUGCUCUGCUGAAGGCUGGAGCUGAUCCCAACGGCAGCCAGUACAAUAACUGCUCCCCCGUGCUGACUGCAGCCCGAGAGGGCGACGUAAACGUGCUCAGAGAGCUCCUGCGGUUCGGAGCUGAGGUGGACGUCAGACCCAAAGUCCCAGAGUGGGCCUCCAGUGCCACAGCCUGCAGGGGGCCCCUUUAUAUCUCAGCUGUUUAUGGACACCUGGAUGGCUUUAAACUGCUCCUUCUCCACGGGGCCAACCCCAACUUCAACUGCACAGACGAGAAGCUGCUGGCCAGGAUAAAGCAGCCAAAGACAGUUCUGGAGGUGUGUCUCCGUUAUGGCUGCGGGGUGGAGUACAUCCAGCUUCUCAUAGACUUUGGGGCAGACGUGUAUCUUCCCACACUGAUCAUUGACAAGACUACUAAACAGAACGAAGCUCUGGGUCUACUGCUUAAAGAGAGAGUUUGUCCCAAAACACUGAUGUCGCAGACUCGGCUAGCGAUUCGAAGAUACAUCCCCCUUGCCAAUAAGGAGCCUGCCAUUGACAGGUUGGACAUGCCUCUGAUCCUGAGGAACUACCUGAAGCAUGACACCUCUGAACUCAUAUGAUGCUCAGUUUAUUAUCAGAAUUUAUGGCCAGUAGUGUUUAUUUGUUUGUUUUUUUACCUCAUUGUUGUACACUCAUGACUGAAUGAUUGAUUUGUAGCGUUGCCAUGUUUUCCUGCAAGUAGGUCAAGGUAACGCAGACUCUCACUCAACCAAUCUCAAUGUGUAAUAUUUUUGGUUCCUUUAGAGGUCACUGUACUGUACCAGAGCUGGAAAUUUUUUAUUAUUUAUACAUGAAGAUUGAAGUGUGUGACUACGCAUAGAUGUAUUUAUUAAAUAGCUUAAGUUUGAAUAGCCCCA